AUGUUCUGGCGCAACCGACCCUGUGUCGUGGUUGGCAUUAGUCAAAACCAUUAUCUUGAAUGCAACCUGCCCGCCAUGGCGGCCCGACACAUACCCUUGGCCCGCCGCAAGUCGGGCGGAGGCGCGGUCUACCACGACGAGGGCAAUCUGAACCUUACUUUCCUCACUCCAAAACCGGCUUACGAGCCUGGAAGAAACGCCAACAUUCUCGCUCAAGCCCUGCAAGAUGGUCUCGGCGUCCCAGCCAGAGUUAUGGAGGAACGCAACGACAUUGUUGUCGAUGGGCACAAAAUCUCAGGCUCGGCCUAUCGUAUCGGCCGCUUGGCAGCUUAUCAUCACUGUACACUGCUGGUAUCGUCCAAUCUCGGGAACCUAAAAAACGUCUUGCGCUCUGAACUCGCACCCUACAUUGUCAGCAAAGGGGUCCCCAGUGUUCGUCACCUGAAUGGAUUGAUGGGCGAUCACCCAUCUUCACCUUUUCCCGGACCUUUCUCGUCGGUGACCCUCAGCAACCCAUCAAGGUUUGUGCUCUUUAUUCUUCAAACUGACCGUCUCACUUGUCGCCUGGCCCUCGGAAGAAGAAGAAAGCCUUGUUCUUUUCUUGCCUUUCAAAACGAGAACAAACCGAAGAAAACAGACUUAAUGAAGAUAUUCAACCUGCCCCAACGUCCACCAAUGCAAAUCCUGUACAAGAAGUUGCUUCAAAGAAUGCUACAAGUUGCAGUAAACUUACCUUUGUGUGUGUGUGAGAAGGAAGAGAGACAGAGAGACAGAGAGAGAGAGAGAGAGAGAGAGAGUUCACAGGCUGAAGCGGCUUUGCGCGCAGAUGGCGAUGCGACCUUGCAAGCCUUUCGUGCCAGCAAUGACGAAUCCUUGCGCAUUGGCCAGUACCGCACCAGCGAGCACCUCAUGGCCUACCUGUUCCACGCCUAUCGCAUGGAUGGUUGUGACUCGCAUGAGGCCGUGGUGGAGCGACUGUCGGCCGACUCAACACCCUCUGGGCUCUGUGGCUAUGUGUUUCAAGACCAAGACCCCACCUACACCUGUGUCGAUUGUGCCGUUGACCACACCUGCGUCAUGUGCCACGACUGCUUCCAUAAAUCUAUCCACCGCGAGCAUCACUACAACGUGUACAUGAGUGGUGGCGGUGGCUGCUGCGAUUGCGGUGACUCUGAGGCUUUCACCUCAGGCUACGCUUGCACGCAACACCAGGUUGAUGAAAGUCAACAGCAGUCGCCGGCAACCCUGUGUCAAAAUCAUCCGCGCCCGCUUCUGGAGAGCCUGGUCGAGAGACUGGGUCACAUUUUCACGUUGGCUGAGCGAUACCUGGAAGAUACGGAGGGCCCCUCGCGCGAGGCGUCGUGCCUGGUUGUGUACAACGACGAGCUGCAUGACUUUGUCCAAGUCAUUGAAAUAUUGAGCCUGGCCACCCACUGUACCGAGGCUCGUGCACGCUCUUGGGCAUUGUUGAUCGACGAGAUUGGUCGUGCCGUCAUCCUGCUGGGCACUCCUGGCCAGUGCGAGCAAGGCUCGGAAAUUAUCACGCCCUCUCAUUUGGUCAAUUACGUCAGCUCCAUCAGCCACAUCAGCCGCCAGGAGUGUAUGGUGGACGUGCUGAUGCGGUUGGCUGACAUGUGCAAGCAGUCAACGGUUAUGCGCCACGUUCUCGGUGGCGUCCUGUGUGGCCAGACACUCGAUGCCAUCUUGGCCGAUACCGUCACGACGAGUUCGCUGGACGACAGCUUUCUAGCGCGUCACAUGCGCACACAGGCGGCAUUUUGGAAAGAGUCACGCGCUGCCUAUCGUGCCCUCAUUUUUGCAGCCCCCAUGGUUGAACACAACUACAAGAAGUUCCUUGGCCUGUGUUUGUGCAAGAACUAUACGGUUCUUCAUCAAAAGCGAGCCGAGAGCGCUGAAGGCGACGAUGAAAGCCUCAUGCAGCUCUCCGUCCAGGUCUUUACCACACCUUCCGUCACGACGGAGCUGGUUUACUUUCACAACGCUUUUGAUUAUUUACUUGAUACCUUGAACAAGCUCUUCGAGCCUUUUUGGGAUCCCCGGGAUGGUCGAUACAAUUGCCGCGUGCCCGAGCGCAUGGCGCAUACCUUCCACGAUCAGUAUGCUACCAUCAUCUACGAUAUUUCUUAUGCGCUCAAAGCCGACCUCGGCACCCUUGAUAUGCUUCUCCCAAGAUACGAGCGCUUGAGCUGGCGCCAUGCUUUCUUGAUAGAAAUGACCUUGUGCUCGAAGCUGCUGCAAAGCCUGUUGGAUUAUGGGAAGCAGCAUCCCCAACACGUCCUCUAUGGCAUCCACGCUCUCGGUCGUGAUUUUCGUCAGUUGUGCUGCGUACAGCCCAUGCAGCCCAUGCCAAGCAACUUGAAGUUGCCUGAACUUUCUGAACUCCUGGCACAAAGCAACAUUCGCAUGUGGGUUCGGAAUGGCAAUGCCAUUCCCAACCAGUUGUUCAACUACUCGGCCUCUGACAGCAAGGGCUGGCUGUAUGACAAGGACCUUCGUGUGCUUCAGUUGGUGGCAGCCAAUGUGCCUGCGGAUGUAUUUGUUUGGCAAACGCUGCUGCGCUUUGAGCUGCAUACCUGGGCCCUGAAGGUGGGCGCUGAAACUUCCGGCGAGAUGGCUGCCGCCGUAGCCUCCUUGUUUGAGAGCUACUUUCGCUUGAUUUUGAAUAUUUUAACUUGUCGUCAUCACGAGGGCGUCGGAGACGUGACCCUUGAGGACAUUAUCGAAUUUCAAGUCAUCCAGGCGCUAUGCUGUGGGCCAGCACCGUACAGUCGGAUCAAGCGCUUUUUCCCUCGCCGCUAUGAUCGCGAUGGCAGCCUGACGCGCAUGCUAGCUCGUGUCGCCAACUUCCGUCAGGCCGAGGGGUUGCGGGAGCAGAGCACCUACGAGCUCAAGCCAGAGCUAGCAUCGCUCUACGAUCCAACCACCUCCUUCCUUCUGCCGGAGAACCACAACGAUGCGGAGCAGUACUUACUGCGCCUCUCCGGCAGCCGUUCCUCCCUGUUUGACGAACCCUUUGGCCUCAAACGCCCCGCGCUACUGCCUCAAUUUAGUCAACUCGAGUCCCUGGUCUUUGAUCGUGAUUCCUAUGCAAACUCACCGGGCGUGGUGUUGUUACCAUACAUGCCGGUGCUGGUGCUGGUGCUGGUGCUGGUGCUGGUGCUGGUGCUGGUGCUGGUGCUGGUGCUGGUGCUGGUGCUGGUGCUGGUGCUGGUGCUGGUGCUGGUGCUGGUGCUGGUGCUGGUGCUGGUGCUGGUGCUGGUGCUGGUGCUGGUGCUGGUGCUGGUGCUGGUGCUGGUGCUGGUGCUGGUGCUGGUGCUGGUGCUGGUGCUGGUGCUGGUGCUGGUGCUGGUGCUGGUGCUGGUGCUGGUGCUGGGAAAAUUGGCCAACGAAAAUCUGGUUCAGCUGGUGCUUCAAUUCUUUGUUGUCGGGCUUUCGCCCUCAGAAAGCACCAACUCUUCGGCGCCAACGGCCUUGCAGUUUGCUGAGCGAGUGCGCAUCAUUUCUCUUGAGCUGCCCGAGCCCGAGCAGGGUCUUGACAUUGUGGAGCUUCUGGAGGCGGUUGCACAAACUCACCUAUGUGAGGCCACUGGUGAGACAAAGAAGAAAAAGAAGAAGAAGGACAAGGCCAAGAGCCGCCAGCAAAAGCUGAUGGCACAUUUUGCUGCCAUGCAAACGAGCUUUGCUGAGACCGUGGAGGACGAAGAUGACGAGAUCCCCAUUGACGGCACGCCAAUGCCGCCGGGCGGCGAUUACGUGUACCGCGUUCCAUUUUUGAUCUUACAAACCGAUACGGCUGAAGCCCAUGAACUGGCCAGUGACGUUGGACAAGACUCUCACUCACGCUCCUUUCUAAUUCUCAUUCACUACAAUGCCCCCCGUGUCUCAGACCUGUUGUCAGGUACUUUCAGUCGACACGGCGAGGCUGUUUUCAAAAGCUGUGGUCAUGCCAUGCACUACAACUGUCUGGAAGAAAUGCUCAAGAAUCAACGCGAACAGGAUGCUCGCUUUCUGGCCCCGGACACGCUAAACGCAUUGGCUGGGGACUUUUCGUGCCCUCUCUGCCGUUCCGUUUGCAAUACCUUCGUACCGGCUGUGGCACCUUCCAUCGUGCGCACAUGCGUGCCCGUGCAAUCAGAAGCAGCAGAAAGUGGAAGUUGCGACACCCUACUAGCUACAUUGGACAAGGCGGAGGAAGAGCUGCAUCAAAUGCGCAUCCACUCAGCACAGCUCAUGGACGAUGUGCAAGGGCAAUGGCGCGCCCGGUUUGAGAAUCAUGCUGAACCGACACCAGAGAGUUUCCGCCGGCCCAUGGACUCGCUUGAGGGGCUGGCCCACCUCGCGCCAGAGACUGACAGCCACCGUCAGGCAUUGCGAGCGCACUUUUAUUCAGCAGCAACCCUGGGCUUCCAAACCAGUCGCCUUCCAAACGUCAUGACCUUCCAAAAGGAUGGACUUUGGGCCCCGUGGACCGCUUUUUUCCAGACCAUGAGCUGCACCGAGCUUCAACUGCGCUCAAGGCGCGAAACAGUCAUGACUAAACAGCAAUUUGCCGCGAUCGAGCGCUUGUUCCAAGGCAACUUGGCCUUGACAGCCAACAUGUGUAUUCUCGGUGAUUCUCUGGCGUACCUCAAGCUGGCGCGCAACAUGCUCAACAGUACUGUAGCCAUCCCAGCUUCAGACAACCUGGGUCGUUCUCAGGAGCGUGUGCACCUUACGGCGCUGGAUCCACUCCGGCUGGUGUACACGCUCGUGACCGUCUGCAUCAUGACCAAGCAACCGGUACCGUGGGCUUCAUUAAAGGAAUUCGCCUUGGUCGUCAGCCUGGUUCGAGUCAUGAGCACGCAACCACUCGAUGACUGCGAGGAAGCAGAGGACUCAGCUUUUGGUGAGGCAAUGGAUGAUGAUCUGGCUACAGCCAUGGCUCAGUUUGGGCGGGCCUUGCAAUUGGACAACGUUUCGACCACGCUGUCGCCAUCGGCAGCUCGCCGCUUGCUGCAACAGGCUGCACCCUCGUUGCGCAGUCUCUUGCUGCUUGAAACGCUUCUCCAGGCUGGUAAGCUGCUGCAAUCUUUGCAACUUGAUGUUGGACGCCUGGGCGCCCGCAUUGAGGUUGGCAUGGAAGGCCAUGGCUGGUAUGGUCUGGCCCAGUACCUCAAGUCUUUCUUAUUUGGCGUGUCGCCCCACAUGCGACUGCUGCCGGCUACGCAGUUACACUUGGUCAAGGUGCCGCCAACCUUCAAUGAACUGUUUUUGGACGCUAAAAAGGCGUUGUGCCCAACUUUGCAUACGCCUGCCAAACAGCAAGUGUUGUGUUUAUUGUGCGGCGCCUUUGUUUGUGCACAAGGCCCUUGCUGCCAGGGACGAUAUCGCAUCGGCGCGCGCGACAUGGGCAGCAUUGGUGCCUGCUUCCGACAUACCAUCACGUGUGGGCGGGGUACGGGUAUGUUUAUCUUUGUGAGCAAAGCGCUGGUCAUGCUGAUCAACGGCGAAGCUGGCACGUUUCUACCCGCCCCCUAUGUCGAUGCACACGGCGAAUCUUCCACGGCCUUGCUCCGCUCCGCGAUCACAUCCUUUGACCCCACUCGCUUCCAAGCGCUUGAGGACAUGUGGCUGCGACAUGAAGUGGACCGAGAAACCAUGCGCGAGCGACGCCCACAAGAUUUCACAUUCUGGUAG